AUGGAUUUGAGUUGGCUUAGUGCCUUAUUACUUGGGGCAGGCUGCGUUGCUUUAGGUUACUGCAUUGGGACACGCCGCCCUUCUUUCAUCUUUUUAAGAUUAACACCAAAGGUUGUUGAAGACGCGAAUACUAACCCUAGAAGUCAUCAUGGUAACAAGAAAAAUAAGUCCAAGGAAGCAUUUGAGAUUGAUAAGCUCGCUGAUAUUCUUGAUGAUUUCAAGAUGGUUUUGGUUGUUAGAAACGAUCUUAAGAUGGGAAAAGGGAAAAUUGCAGCUCAAUGCAGUCAUGCUACUUUGGGCCUGUAUAAAAAGCUUCUUCACCGAGUUCCUAAGGCUUUAAACAGGUGGGAGAUGUGUGCUCAGCCAAAGGUGGUUGUGAAAAUUGAAAGUGAGGAGGAUAUGCUUGUUUUGCAAGAGAAGGCAAAAUCAGUUAAAUUACCAACCCAUAUUACAAUUGAUGCAGGAAGAACACAGAUUGCUCCAAGACCUGUUGAAGUGGUUGAUGAUGUCACAGGUGGACUGAAGCUUUUGUAA